AUGGUCAACACGCCCUAUCCCGAGCGGCUUUUGAGUAAAGAGGGCUGGCGCUUAACUCAUGAAAACAUGUCCACGGUCACCUUCUCGUCUCUGUCAACAAAUACCAACGGUUCUUGCCCUUCGUUCGAAUCCGUCCCCUUCACUGCAGUGGCAGAUGGUCGACUCAGCCUUCGCCAAUUGGGCUCUGCUUUGACGACCUUGAUGCGCGACUACGAGCGUGUCAAUCAUCUCAGUCGCUGGUACUCCAUCUAUCUCACGAUCGACCUCGACCACAGACAGAUCAGACAAGAAUGGGUCGACGCCGCUCUCCUACACCAUCAAUUAUCUCUGCUUGGAAACACGCUCAUGCGCGAAGAUUGCGAGCGUUUCUUGGGCAGCCUUGCUAGAGUCGAUCAAGUCGGCAACGGCUACAAGCUCAGUGUUAUCGUCACCCCUUCAUUGAACAAGUCAUACUUUGAGGAUGAGCUCGUCUGCCCUGAAUAUGCUGAGAGCGUUCCGGAACAUGGAUACCGAAGAACCCAUGCCCACGGCGGCUUCACUGUGUUUUCGGAUGCAUUGGAGCGCUCCUUAUCCCCCAACGAUCAUUACAAUAUGUUCCGGGUGUGCAGAGUGAUAGUCUGGUUCAAAAUUUUAACGCCAAGUCAGCGCAAAAUGUUCCAGAUGCUGUACGAUGAGAUGAGAGCUCACGCGCCUCGGUCUUAUGACCCGGAACAUCAACAGACCCCAGUUGAAAAUAACGAACAAUUAGGCGCUGGCGGAUCUCCUUUGUCUGUGAGCAGUCAGGUUAAUCCAGCCAAGCGCGUCGCCGACACGGAUGCAGAUGCAGACCUGCGCCCAGUGAAACGACGACGACUGCGCUU